AUGUCACGUUUUUCCUCCAUCGAUGGCCAGCACUCUGCGCUGCGCGACUUGGAGCGCCAGCGCCUGGAGAAGCUGAUGGGGCAGCUGCGCCGAGAGGUGGAGCCGAAGGCAGACAAGGUUGGCCGCCGCUUCCAGCCCCCAGGGCGGCGCAAGGAGCGGCCGGCGAAGCCGGCAGCCGUGUUGGAUCCUGGUCCUGGCGGCCCUGCCACCCCUGGCGGCCCUGGCACCCCUGGCGGCCGUCUGGGGUCCGGGGGGGCGCCUACGCCCAAGGAGCCCAAGCCGCCGGCAGCGACGGUGCCAAGCGCAGAGAUGGCCUGGUUGUUGCGAGUUAGCGAGCGAUUCGACGAAGAGGCAAGAGAGGUGCACUCUUUUCUGGUCCAACACGGCCUGGAUCAGUUUGCGCCAUUGCUGGCUAAUGGACCCGGCGCGCCUGGGGCUUCCCUCGAGGCGCUGCAUUCAGCCUCCGAGGAGCUCUUGGAAGAGGCGGGCUUACCGGCCUCGCCGAGGCGGCAUCUCUUGCAGGCCCUGAAGGGCUCUGCGGUUCAAGAAGACGCACCAGAGCCAGGUGCGACCUUCUCGGUCUCACCCACUGAUUGCCAGCAUUGGGGCCGUCUUGGGCACUUGCCUUCGGGCUGGCAUCGAUGUUCGCGAGGAGAACAGCGCCCGCAUUGCCCCACUCUUCCAGCGCCAGUUGCUCAUGCUGAUGCAGCUGUGGGCGAUGACAGUCCGCUUCCGUUGCUGGAGGAGGAUGUGAAGGUGGGAACCCCGCAGGUGGCCGAGCGUCGGCCCCCUUCGAGCAGGGCUUCCUCGAAACUUGCACAGGCUGAGCCUGCACGGCCCGACAGAGCACUAGAACACAGAAGCUCCACCUCAAGUGCACAGAAGGGCUGCUGCUACCAAUGCUUCCGGCAAGUGUACGUGGCGAGCGCGUUUCACCUCGAGCCUGAAGAGGAGCGACAGGAGCAGACCUCCCAGGCCUCUCGGCCCGGCACCCCGUCGUCCCAAAGGAUCUUCUGCAGCUCCGACUGCGUGGAGCGCUUUAGACAGGUGCUCGCGAGCAGAAGUGCUCGAGCAGUUGAGCUGUGCAAGCUCCGGCAAGUGGUUGAAUCAAGUGCGGCGCUGGAAGCUGCCGCCCAGCAUGAUGAUCGGAUCUCAGUCGAUGCAUGA